CAACCCUCUUCCCCAACUUCCAGUCCGUUGGACUCAAUAUUGCUCAUGAGGGUAUGAAAUAAUUUUUUGGAAGUCCGGUUUCCUUGCUGUAGAAGUUCGGUACCAUAAGUUGGAAAUCACUGAAAAGAAUUAAGUACAGUUUCUGGCAAACGAACACACCAGUACAGGAAGAUCUACGACGACGAACUCGAAUGCAAUUGGCAAUUGGCAAUUGGCAAUUGGCACCACUCAAAAGACAAUUUCACAGCAACCAUGGACCAAACGAAAUCGAAAUAUCCGGAAUCAGCGAGUUAUCAAACGCUAGAGAGCAAUCUUCGACGACGWGAGCCAGCUUCGCAGCUGCGACGGCCAAAGCAGAUACCUCUGUUCGGUCUUCUAUUCGUUCUAUCGAUAGUUUCGACUUCUUUUAACAUUCUGUAUGCCCAUUACACCRAUGUCGAUCUCAACCAAGCAGUCSMUACACGCAGCGUUAAAGCCGCAAUGAUAUAUUUUGUGGAGCAAAAGGAUAACAUAAUUAAACUAUCUAACAAUUGGGGGAUAGCAGAAUCCAAUCCAAAGGAACAACAACGGAAAUUCUUUCGAUACGACGAGGCGGGUCCCAAGCCCAUUGCGGGGACGGCACGAUCCCACGCUUUGCCAAAUGCCGUCCCAGUUACCAACAUUAUUCCACGAGAAUAYGCGGAGAAUAAAGAGUAUCAUAUUUCCCAGCGAAAAAACAGCACGCUGCCRCACUCUUUCAUAAAACCCUUCCCAACUAGUAAGGCAGGGAAAAAACUGAAACAGAAACAUCCGGAAUUAUACMGGGACUUGGGAAACUACAAUUGGAACCACACUUAUCACGACGACUAUCGGACGCUCUAUUUGUACAAUCCAUCUAUCUUGCCCCUUCACCAAACCGUGCGUCGGGAACAGCAAGACAGCGACAAAGAUCCUGAUUGGUUGUCGGCAACUGACCUACAAGAAUUAACUGGUGGAGAUCUAAGAGUUCGUUACGUUGCUGUGUUCCGCGCCUACCUGGGAUGCAACUGCUUUGGUCGAAAAAAUGGUGAUCGGACAUUGAUGACUGCGGGUGAACAAAUUAGUUACAUGGCCAUAGCUUUGUUAGACGAGUCUCUCGACGUUAUUGAGGGGACAGAUGUAUUGAUCGACCUGAAUGCAUUUUAUGGGGAAGGAAUCAGAGGCUAUUUCAGACAAUUCGCAGAGGAUUGUCGUAUUUCUCUCCUCAAGGGCACAAUCAAUCUCAUUUGCAACAGUCAAAUGAAAAGAAUUCGAAUCAAACGAAAGAAAUUCAGUGGAGAGGUAAAGCAAAAGCAGGAAAGUAAUUAUCCUCCUCAAACUCCACCCCCAGGAUACGGAACGAAAGAGGGAAUGGCCUUCCCAUACAUCUUUCCCAACAUCCAUGGCCAUGGAUUGGAGGUAACACUGUUGUCACACAACGUUAAUAUCCACGGAGGAAAGAAUAUGAACGUCUUUCGAGCCCCUGUGGAACCAGAUUUCGGCGUAGUAAAUGAAAAGCCGACAGAGUACGAUUAUUAUCUCCAGACUUGGCCGGUACCCCACAAAUAUGAGAAACUCAUUGUACCCGAUGGGGGGCACGAGAACGACAGCAAAGUGCCGAAAAGAGCCAGAAGAUCUGAAGAGCACGCGGUCACGCCUCUCGAAAACCUCCCGCAACCGACUUUCGACACUCCCGAUGUUGCCCAYAAUAUUACACGCUGUGACGAYGAAAACAACAAGAAAGCUAUGAACUGCACCGAUCCCGUCGUAAAUACCUUUUGGGAGAAUGGAAAGGAUCACGGUAAUGCUUGUUGCGUGAAGAUGCUUUUGCCUYACARAGACGUCAACGAACGAAAUACGACGAUAGAGGUCAUGGUAGGGAUUUCUCACAAAAAAACGAGUCAACGAUCGAAUUUUUGGCUUUUAGAUAUACACAAACGCUAUGAAAACGUUGGGCWUGAUCAGUUUGUCUCCCGCUUUGUAGCAUACGAUGCCAAGCCUCCUUUUGACAUUGUUGCUCGGAGCGGUUGGUUYUGUUUGGGGUUUGCCGACGAGGGCGAAAGCGUUGGCCCUUUUGGAAAUACACUAGCGGGGAAAAACAAACGCGYCAAUCUCGAUCUUUUUGACGAGCAUUUCAACUGUCCAGUCAUUCAUUUCGUUAGUGGAUUUGCAGAAGCAGUAGGCAAUAGCUCCAGGGCUAUCAUURGUUAUGGCAUUAAUGAUUGCCAUCCAAGAAUGUAUUUUGUGGAAAAGGACGAUAUUUUUCAACUUUUGACGCAGUGAUGCGAGCAAGAUUAUUUAUUAUGAAGAUAAUGAGAGUCGUUGGAAAUAYUUUUUYUUAAUGAAAAAUGUGCUUUCAC